AUUUAAGUAAUUAAUUUUUUUAUUUUAACUUUUUUCCUUUAAAUAGGCCAUAUUUUCUUGUCUUUGGAUGCCUUGUGAUUUUUUUGUUAAGAAUUGGACAUUUGGAUCUAAUAAUGUUUUAUGUCUAGAAAUCAGAUUCUCCCCCUUCUUGAAGGUUUUAUGUUUUUUCUUUGAUUGUUAUAGGCUGUCUCUGUGCCAAGGAUCAACCUGAGGGAUAUCUCGAGGUUUGCUCAGGUCUCUUCUGAGCCUAUGCCUCUUCCUGGUCAAAUGUGGGCACUUUAUAAUUUCUUCUUUAUAUGCAGUUGCUUCUGAAUGUCCUUGUCUUUAUUUUGUGUGUGUGUGUGUGUGUAUGUGCGUGUGUAUUUUUAUGUAUGUCUGUAUGUCAACAGGCCUGAAUGUCCUUGUCCCUAGUGUCUGGUUCCUGAGGGUUGGAAAAGAGAAAAAUGAAGUGGAGUGGGGGGAACGGGCUCCCUCCCUUUGAAUGUCCAGGUUGCUUCAGCUGGAGAGGGUCUUUGCAACCAUAGGGGAGCAAAGUGGCUUCCUUUCUCUGCGUCUGCACCUUUGUGAUAGGAAGGGACAAUCAAUGAUCAGAGCACAGAUUUCCAGUGUUUGGAGGACAGUUUCUUUUUGGCCCAUCCUGGCUCCUGCAAGAUGUGUGCUAGUUGCUGCAGAAACACAGGGUGGAUUGAUGGUUGGUGUCCUUAUCAGAAGGCCUCAUGAAGAUGGAGGCAGAGAUUGAAGUGCUGCAUCUACAAGUCCAGGAUUACUGGCAACCCCCAGAAGCUGGAAGAGACAGGAAGGAUCUUUCCUUCUUGCCCUGGAGGAAGCAUGGCCCUACUGAUACCUGGAUUUUGGACUUCUGGCUUCCAGAAUUGUGAGAGAGAAAUUGAGAGACUUUCUGAGCAACUAGAAGAAAAAGAGAAGGAGACACAGCAGCUGAUGAGCCAGCCGGAGCAUGAGCGAGAGAAGGAAGUCGCAAUGCUGCGGAGGAGCGUGGCGGAGAAGGAACGUGCCCGGGCUGCCAGUGACAUUCUGUGCCGCUCCUUGGCUGAUGAGACCCAUCAGCUGAGGAGGACUCUGGCUGCCACCGCCCACAUGUGCCAGCAUCUGGCCAAGUGUCUGGAUGAACAACAGCGUGCUCAGGGGGACCUGAGGAGGAAGAGUCCUGAGCCAGAGUGCACAGGUGGUGCUGCCUCUGUCCAGGCCGUUAUUGAGAAGUUACGGGAAGAAAACCGCCUGUUAAGACAGAAGCUGAUUCAUGUGGAAGACCUCAAUGCCAAGUGGCAGCGCUAUGAUGCCAGCAGGGACGAGUACGUGAGGGGGCUCCACGUUCAGCUUCAGGGGCUGCAGGCCCCCCCAGAGCCCGAGAAGACCUCCUGCCCUGAGCUGAUGAGGAAGGAGAUUUCCAGGCUCAACAGGCAGCUGGAGGAGAGGAUACGCGCCUGUGCAGAUGGGCGGCGGGAGCUGGCGGCCGUUAGGGGGGCCCGUGAUGCGGCACUGGAGCGGGUGCAGAUGCUGGAGCAGCAGAUUCUCGCGUACAAGGAUGAUUUUACCUCAGAAAGGGCAGACCGGGAACGGGCCCAGGGCAGGAUUCAGGAGCUCGAGGAACAGGUGGCUUCCUUGCGGCAACAGGCGUCCUGGACACAGGACCGCCGGGAACCAGGCUCCUGCCGGAUUCAUACAGGGAACAGAACCCCCAAGUACUUAGAGACUGAUGCUCUGGAGCUCGUGGCACCUAGUGGCCGGAGGACUGGGACUGGAUCUCAGGGGCUGGACUUGCCCACCGAGGGCAGGUGUCCUGGAACAACCCGGAGAGGGCAGGGGGACCUUCAGUGCCCUCACUGUCUGCAGUGCUUCGGCGAUGAGCAAGGCGAGGAGCUCUUCAGGCAUGUGGCUGAGUGCUGCCAGUGAGCCCUGUGGCCGGGGCUGCUGUGCCGGGGCACCUCCCGCGGGGGUUAGAGAUCCCUCGAUAUCGGGGCCCAGACCAGGUCAGAGGGAACCUCUAGGGGGGCAUGUGCUCCUGGGAAGGAGUGUGGCCCUCCAGCUGGGCCAAGACCAAGGCAGGGCACAGUCAGACCAGGCCCUCCAGGCCCACAUGAUGGCCCCGCAUAGCCUGCCGGUGGGUGUGCUCUGGCUUGCCGGGAAAAGCUGGCUGCCUGCGGGGACCACACGUGGGGGCCUCAGGGUGAAGGCCUGCCUUGUUCUGGUGACUAAGGACCAGGAGGUUUGCGGAGCUGAGCACAUUGGCCAUACCUCUCACCUGGGGCUGGUCUCUGCCACCACAGAGCCAUGUGUCUGCACUGAACUGCACUGCAAUGCCUUUGCCACAUAUCUGCAAGUCCAGAGACAUUUCACAAUCACUUAUUUUCAUAAUAAAUGCACUUGCUCUGGUGA